AUGGCUGACAAGGGCGACGGUCCGGCCAUCCGGAUUGACCUCGGCACCACCUACUCCCGCGUCGGCGUGUGGCAGCACGGCCAAAUUGAGAUCAUUGCAAACGACCAGGGCAACCGCACCACGCCGUCCUACGUCGCCUUCACCGACUACGAGAUACUCAGCGGCGAUGCCGCCAAGAACCAGGUCGCCAUGAACCCUGUCAACACAGUUUUUGGUGAGCAACCCACCCUCUACCACUACCUUUAUGCUUAG